CCGCAUGAUUCCUCUCGACCAAACUUUGGCGCUCGUCUUAUGUUUACAAGCGCAGGAAUGCGCAGUUCUCUACUACAGGGCAGGGGGCGUGGCUAAGGUAGGAGGGCGGAGCCUUUCCUGGGCAGGGUGCUGGUUUUGCACAGUAGCAAUGCAACAAGUGGCUGGGCGCUCGCUCGCUUGCUUUCCCCCGGUCUUUCACGUUGGCAAAGCCCCUCGGGCGAGGUAGAGGCUGCGUACCGGCGAGAGGCGCGCUCCCGCAAACGGCGGCGGGUUUGCUGAAGACCUGCGAGAGCGAGGGCGGCUGGCAUGCAAUAAUACCUUUGCAAAGGCGCCUGGGGCUGCCGGAUGAGCCGAUCGCCAACCUGAGGAGCCGGCGGGGCUCAGGAAAAGAGUGCGCAAUGGUGGCUUUGGCGGGCAACGAAGGAAUCCGCGUUUCCCUCGCCGCUGCAGCUUGAAAUCAAAGAAGGGCUCCUUUUCUCCCUCCUCCCCUCCCGCUCCGCUUUCCAGCUCGGCAACAGCUCGCACAAGCCAACUGCAGAAAGCAGGUCGAGGGGGAAAGGCGGCGGCGGCGGCGGCGGCGGCAUGGCAUCUGCAUAAAGUCUCGUCCCGGGGCAAGGAGGCGGCUGGGACAGGAGCAGCCGGCAUGAGCGACCCCAGCGAGGCGGGGACCAUCAGCUUCUCGGUGCCCAGCCCGCCGGGCAUUCUUGGCGGCGGCUGCCCGCUGUUCUACGAGGAUGGGCUCGCCAGGAGAGCGCCGGCGGCAGGCGAGGGGACGGCGGGCCGGGGUUUCCUGGGCGGCCCAGGCGCGCCGCCGCCCGGCACCUUUUGGAACGAGGACAGCAGCUCCGUCUGCCCCGCCAGCGACACGGCGGCCCGGGCCAAAAACAACAGCGGCGGCCACAGCAACAGGAGCACCACGGUGUCUUACGUGAUCAACGAGGCGAGUCCGGGGCUGCUGCAGGCGGCGGAGAGCGGGGCCCUGCAGAGCCUGAGGGAAGCGUGCGAGGCGGUGGGCGCCGACCUGCAGACGCUGCACUUCGGCAAGCUGGACUUCGGCGAGACGGCGGUGCUCGACCGCUUCUACAACGCGGAUAUUGCAGUGGUGGAGAUGAGUGAUGCUUUCCGCCAGCCCUCCCUCUUCUAUCACCUGGGAGUCCGAGAGAGUUUCAGCAUGGCCAAUAAUAUUAUCCUCUACUGUGAUACAAAUGCAGACUCUCUGCAGUCAUUGAAGGAAAUUAUUUGCCAGAAGAAUAAUAUGUGCACUGGCAACUACAUAUUCGUACCAUAUAUGAUAACUCCCCAUAACAAAGUCUACUGUUGUGACAGCAGUUUUAUGAAAGGACUAACUGAGCUGAUGCAGCCCAGCUUUGAACUUCUGCUCGGGCCAAUAUGUUUACCUUUGGUUGACCGUUUCAUUCAGCUUUUGAAGGUGGCACAGGCCAGCUCAAGUCAAUACUUCAGGGAGUCAAUUCUUAAUGAUAUCCGAAAAGCACGUAACUUAUACACAGGAAAAGAACUAGCCACAGAACUGGCCAGGAUACGACAACGGGUGGAUAACAUUGAGCUUCUGUCUGCUGACAUUGUGAUAAACUUGUUGUUGUCUUACAGAGAUAUUCAGGAUUAUGAUUCUAUUGUGAAGCUGGUAGAGACAUUAGAAAAACUUCCAACCUUUGACUUGGCUUUGCAUCAUCACGUGAAGUUUCAUUAUGCAUUUGCACUGAACAGGCGAAAUCUUCCUGGAGACAGACAGAAAGCUCUAGAUAUUAUGAUACCUCUAGUGGAACAUGAGAGUCAAGUACCUUCUGAUAUGUACUGCCUUGUGGGACGGAUCUACAAAGAUAUCUUUCUGGAUUCUGGAUUUACAGAUACAGAAAGUAGAGACCAAGGCACCUUAUGGUUCAAGAAGGCAUUUGAGUCAGAACCAACAUUACAGUCAGGGAUUAAUUAUGCAGUCCUUCUCUUGGCCGCUGGUCACCAGUUUGAUACCUCAUUUGAGCUACGGAAAGUUGGAGUAAAGAUAAGCAGCCUGCUUGGGAAAAAAGGAAACUUGGAAAAAUUGCAGAGUUACUGGGAAGUCGGAUUUUUCCUGGGAGCUAGUGUUCUGGCAAAUGAUCACACAAGAGUGAUACAGGCUUCAGAGAAACUUUUCAAAUUGAAGACGCCAGCGUGGUACCUCAAGUCCAUUGUGGAGACUAUUUUGAUAUAUCAGCACUUUAAGAAACUGAAUCCAGAACAGCAAGUAGCAAAACAUGAACUUGUGGACUUUUGGAUGGACUUUCUGGUUGAGGCCACAAAGUCAGACGUCUCUGUAGUUAGAUUUCCUGUUUUAAUAUUAGAGCCUACGAAAAUCUACCAGCCUUCUUACCUCUCCAUUAAUAGUGAGGCUGAAGAGAAGACAGUCUCUAUCUGGCAUGUUAUGCCUGAUGAUAAGAAAGGCAUUCAUGAAUGGAACUUCAGUGCUGACUCUAUAAGAGGAGUAAGCAUUUCAAAAUUUGAAGAACGAUGCUGUUUCUUGUACGUGCUGCACAAUUCAGAUGACUUCCAAAUUUAUUUCUGUACAGAACACCACUGCAAAAAAUUUUUUGAAAUGGUUAAUAGCAUCACUGAAGAAAUAGGAAAGAACACAGAGGAAGGUGAAUGUGAUGGAGACUCUCUGGAGUAUGACUACGAAUAUGAUGAAAAUGGUGAUCGAGUUAUUCUGGGUAAAGGCACUUACGGUGUAGUUUAUGCAGGACGAGAUAUGAGCAAUCAAGUGAGAAUUGCCAUUAAAGAAAUCCCAGAAAGAGAUAGCAGGUAUUCCCAGCCUUUACAUGAAGAAAUAGCUUUGCAUAAGCACCUCAAACAUAAGAACAUUGUCCAGUAUCUUGGCUCAUUUAGUGAAAAUGGAUUCAUUAAGAUAUUCAUGGAACAAGUACCAGGAGGCAGCCUUUCUGCUCUUCUGAGAUCGAAAUGGGGACCAUUGAAGGAUAACGAACAGACCAUUGGUUUUUAUACCAAACAGAUUCUUGAAGGAUUGAAAUACCUCCAUGAUAAUCAAAUAGUGCAUCGAGACAUAAAGGGUGAUAAUGUACUUAUCAACACAUACAGUGGAGUGCUAAAGAUUUCAGAUUUUGGGACAUCAAAGAGGCUUGCUGGCAUAAAUCCAUGCACUGAAACAUUCACAGGUACCCUUCAGUAUAUGGCGCCAGAGAUCAUUGAUAAAGGACCAAGAGGUUAUGGAAAGGCUGCAGAUAUCUGGUCCCUAGGCUGCACAAUUAUUGAAAUGGCAACAGGGAAACCUCCGUUUUACGAACUUGGAGAGCCUCAGGCGGCAAUGUUUAAGGUUGGAAUGUUCAAAAUACACCCUGAGAUUCCUGAAUCCAUGUCAGCAGAGGCAAAAGCCUUCCUAUUGUGCUGCUUUGAACCAGAUCCAGACAAGAGAGCCUGCGCUAACGAGCUUCUUGUAGAUGAGUUUUUAAAGGUUACAAGCAAAAAAAGGAAGUCUCAGUCAAAGUUAACAGCACUCUCAGUUGGAUCAAAUGCAGAAUAUCUUCGAAGCAUAUCUUUGCCUGUUCCUGUUGUUGUAGAAGAUACUAGUAGCAGCAGCGAAUAUGGCUCUGUUUCACCUGACACAGAAUUAAAGCUUGACCCAUUCUCUUUUAAAAUGAGAGCCAAAUCUUGUGGAGAAAAGGAUGCAAAAGGGCUAAGGUCCCUUUUUCUAAGCAUCCCAGAUGAGAAUUUUGAGGACCACAGUGCACCUCCUUCACCUGAAGAGAAGGAUUCUGGCAUCUUCAUGCUCAAAAAGGAUAGUGAACGGCGAGCCACCCUUCAUAGAAUCCUAACAGAGGACCAAGAUAAGGUGGUGAGAAACUUGAUGGAAGCCUUAGCACAGGGACCUGAAGAGCCUAAGCUGAAAUGGGAACACAUCACAACUUUAGUCGCCAGUCUCAGAGAAUUUAUACGGACAACUGAUCGCAAAAUUAUUGCAAAUACACUUUCAAAGAUAAAACUAGAGCUAGACUUUGACAGUCAUGGCAUCAGCCAGGUUCAGCUGGUCCUCUUUGGUUUCCAAGAUGCAGUGAAUAAAGUUUUAAGAACUCACAAUAUCAAACCACAUUGGAUGUUUGCGCUAGAUAGCAUAAUUCGCAAAGCUGUGCAGACUGCUAUUACCAUCCUGGUUCCAGAAUUGAGGACACACUUCAGUUUAGCAUCUGAGAGUGAUACAGCCGAUCAGGAGGACGUUGAAGGUGAGGAGGAACAUGAAGAGCAACCUCCAAAUCCAACCAUUCAUCGGCCUUGCCUUGUACUGGAAGAUGCUAUAGCUACCUCAGGAGUGAGCACUCUAAGUUCUACUGUAUCCCAUGAAUCCCAGGCUGCCCAGCGAUCCCUUAAUGUUCAACUUGGAAGGCUAAAAUUGGAAACUAACAGACUACUGGAAGAGCUAGUGCAGAAGGAGAGAGAAUUUCAAGCCCUGUUGCAUCACGCUAUAGAAGAAAAGGAACAGGAGAUCAAACACCUGAAGCUUAGGACUCAACCAAUAGCUAUUCCUGGCACGUCUCUGUCUCACCAUAGCACAACUGAUGGAGGGGUUGAAGAUCCAGAUCUUACUAAUUGGCUGAGAGUUCAUGGUGCUGAUGAAGAAACCAUAAACAGGUUUUUGGCCGAAGACUACACACUAAUGGACGUUCUCUGCUAUGUUACUCGAGAUGAUCUAAAAUGCCUUAGACUCAGAGGUGGGAUUUUAUGUACACUGUGGAAGGCCAUCACUGACUUCCGAGAGAAGCACACCUGACCCCGACUGAAGGGAUUCCUCCAUCUCUGAAGAGAACUGGAGCUUUCCAGCAGCCCAGAACAGGAGUUCCGUAUAAAAAAAAAGAUAAAAAUGCUGUUGCACUUUAAUCCAGUAUUUGUUUACCGUUGCUAAGGACACUGCAGCUUUCUGGCUGCGUCUACUCCUAAUGUUCCUGAGAGACCUGUCUACAACAUUAAAUUUUAUUUUAGUUUUAAAUAUUUUUUUACACAGAAUCUUCUCUUUUUCUAAAAUGAUGGAACAGCGGCUAUAAUUAACAAAACCCAUGUAAAUAUUACAAAGACCCAUUGUACGAUUUCAUGUGAUUCCACAUCAACGAAGCAAAUGUGAAAAUUAGCUUUCUGCGUUAAUAUGUGUAACCAGAGCCUGUGAUGGGGGCAGGGUGUUUUCUGGGACUCAGUCUCUUUUUCUCAGCCUGCAGAAGAGAAUGGUGGGAGACCUAUCAGUUCAAUCUCAGGGUGGCUUUGCAGCUUGCCUGGGGUGGGGUGGGUGGCUCAGUAGAAGGGGUAGGUUUUGGGCAGGGGAAACACAAGGGCCCAUGGGUAUUGUCUUUCCAAGGACUGAAGACAUUGUUCUGAGGCUCUUGCAUGUUUUCAUAAUUUGGGGUGGAAUUCGUAACUGAAAUGAUUGUGUAAAGCUUAUUUGGUAGCUUUUUCCUUCUAGUAUGCUGAAUAUUAUACUUGGUACUUACUUACAGUCCUUUAUAAAUGUUUAUAUUGUUUUUAUUUUAGUAACUUAAAUCCUGGUCUACAGUGCAAUUUGUUUUUAGUGUUGUUUAUGUACUACUGAACUGUACCAGUUACAUAUGCCUGAAAAUACAUAUAGUACUGUUAGCUUGUUCUAAAGCUAUCCAUUGUGAUAUACAUUUUAGGAAUAAAAAAUGAUGCACAAUUCUGAUA